AUGUCACCGGCAGAUAGCAUUGCUCAGCAUAUAGCUAAACAACUUAAAGAAAGUGGAGAGGUUAUUAGUGAUACUGCGAUCAUAACUAAAAUAUUGAGUACACUACUUCCCAAGUACAGAUCUCUACGCCAGGCUUGGAUGUCACUCGAUACUCAGAAUCAAACUAUAGUUAAUCUAACAGCUCGCUUGUUAGAUGAGGAGGCCAGCUUGAAUGUAGAAGAAGAGAAUGAGACUGCUUUAUUAUUGGCAAAACAAAGUACAAAGAAGAGAAACAUUCCAUUAAUAAAAACACACAAAGACUUAAAUGAAAAGUCACAUCGCUUCAUAUGUUACAACUGUGGGAAACGUGGUAAUUAUGCAAGAGAUUGUCAAGCCCCUAAACAAAAACAUAAGCAACAAAGUGAAAGGAAUAUGUUAGCUUUCAAUGUAGCAAAUACAGAUUUGAAAAACAAUGAUGAAGAUUUACGAUGGAUAUUAGACAGCGGUGCCUCAGCUCACAUGUCUUAUAAACGUGAAAACUUUGUUGAAUUGUAUGAGUAUACAGGAUCUCCACUGAAACUAGGAAACCAAGAAGCUGUAGAAGUGAUUGGCCAAGGAAAUAUUUUGAUAGACAAGUGUGUCAAUGGACAGUGGGAGACAAGUAUAUUGAAGAAUGUUCUUUAUGUACCUAAACUGAGAAGAAAUCUAUUUUCCGAAGGAGUAGUGACGAGACAUGGAUAUAAUAUUGUAAAAAAACAUUCUGAUGCUUUGAUUUACAAGGACAAUAAAAUAGUGCUGUGUGCAUCUUUACAAAACAACAAUUUAUAUGAGUUAAAAAUUAAAACAAUUGAAAAUCCAGUGUGUAAUGUAGUGCAAAAAUUGGACCUUAAAACAUGGCAUGAACGUUUGGGACAUUUGAAUGUUAAAGAAAAUGUGCAAAAACAAUGUGAUUACUGGUGUGGACUUAUCAGACUG